UAAUUUUCACUAUGAAAGUCAUAAGCACUUACUGCAUUUCCAAGAAACUGAAUUAAUUUAAGCGAUUCCUCAUCGUGUUGUAAACCUUGCUGUAUCAAAUUAGUGGUAUCGUAUCUAAAAGUAUUCACGAAGAUAAUAAAAUGGUCAAGAAGAAGAAUUAUUACAAGAAAUAUGGUACCUUAUUCAGCGGCGAGUCCAAUCCCUUCAAUGUCAAGGUGAAUCGCAAGAAGCAUGCUGUGUUAGGCUCUGAUGUAAAAGGUACCAAAGGACAGCCUGUCAUUUCCAAAGGCCUUAAUUAUGCAAAACGGAAAGAAUUCUUAAAAAAGAAUAGUGUGGCUGCUCAAAAAUCGAAUACAUACAUUGAUAAAAGGUCAAAAAAUUCAAACGUGUCUUUAGAGGACCAGGUUACAGCACGGUUUAUGCGUGAACAACAAAAGAAAAGUAAAAAAAGUGUCUUUAAUCUGAGUGGACAAAAACAAGAUUCAAAAACUUUCAGCAAUGAUGAUGACGAUGAAGAGGGAGAUGUUUCUUUCAAAAAUAAUGAUAGUUUUGAUGAUUCCAAAUCUCACAAAGAGAUUAUUGAAGAGAUGAUUGCUGAUAGUAAGCAGAAAAAAAUGGAAAGAAAGAUGGAGAAGGAAAAAUAUUUGAAUUCUCUUGAGCAAGUUGAUAGUGCUUGGAAGAAAUUAUUCACGAGUUCGAAAAUAAAUCCUCCCCGAAGUACCAAUAAAAUUCUCGCUAAGGAACCGAUGGAUUCAAAUGUAAAAGAUCCCUAUGACGUUUCAAAAAAUGAACUUAAAUUUGAACAAAAAUGUAGUUCUAUCAGCCACACUAGAAGUGCGGAAGAAAUUGAAAAGGAAGAAGAAAAGAAGCAUAUUCAAUCGGAGAAAGACAAGCUUUCUCGAAUGAGAGAUAAUUACGAUUUAAAUAACUUUAAGACAAGCAAUCAUAUAUCUGCCGAUGCUAUUUGCGAUGAAUAUGAAUAUUUGCCACCAAUUACAGCUGAAAACAAGUGCGAGGAAUCCGACAGAAACAACGACAGCGGAGAGGAAUCUGAUGCUAGCCAAUCAUCUUUUGAAGAAAUGGAUCAUCAACCUGAGAAUAACUUUGAAGCUGAAGACAAAAUGUUUGAAGACGAUGAUUUCAUGCCUGACAUCCCCAACCAUAUAAAUGAUUUUAAAACCCGAAUCGAAGACUGUGAUGCCGAGAAAUUAACUGAGGUUUUAGAGAAUAUGUUGAGAAAGCAUGCAAGAUCGAAAAAUGAAAAAGUUUUGUCAAAACUGGAGAAUUUGUUUGAGAUUCUUUUGCGUUAUGCAUUUGAAUGUUGCGAUAAAAAGAUUCCCGAUGUCGAACUUAUUGGUGUUCUUCCACCUCACCUGCAUUUAUUAGCUAAUGCAGUUAAUACAGGAACAGCACAAAGAUUGCUCAAUUUUAUUAAUGAAGAACAAGAGAUAUUUAAUGCUUCCAAAAAACGAGGUAUGAAGAAAAACUUUCCAAGACUGCAAACUAUUUUUAUUUUGAAGUGUGUUGUCUCGAUCUAUUCUACGUCUGAUUUCCGCCAUCCGGUAGUGACGCCAUCUAUGAUUUUCAUGUGUGAUAUUUUGGGAUCCUCUUUUAGUAGUACAUUUGUUAACAUAUUAUCUAGACUUUUAAUUAGUGAACUCAUUUUGAACUGUAUUUCUGAUUCUAAAAGAUUUGUCCCCGAGGCUAUCCAUUUCCUGAACAAUGUUUUGCAGCUGGCUAAUCCUGCAAAACUCAAAGGCAAAAAAAACGUGCCUCAUUCCAAGCUGUUUGAUCUUAUCAUAACCGAUGAGGUUUCUGCCGAAGAUGUGCCAUCAUUAGAUUUGUUUGCUUCGAAUAAAGAUUUGACUGAUGAAAACAAAAAAAUAGGCGUUAUCUUUACCGUUAUUAAUCAGCUGCUUCAUUUUGCGACCUUGUACAGCCAGUUACCAUCCUUCAAAGAAAUUUUUGCACCUGUACUAACUGUCUGUGCCGAACUACCCGUCCAGUUCUAUCCGGUUUCACUGAAGACACAGAUUAAAAAAUUGGUUGAGCUAGGACAGAAGUCAGUGCCGCUGCAGCAACUCGCAUUUCAAAAGGCUAAACCAAAGCCUUUAAAGAUGUUUGAACCAAGGUUUGAAUGCAAGUUCAACCACACAGAUGACCUCAAUAAAAAGAGGAAACUGAUUAAGAAAGUCACACAAAAAAUUAAAAAAGAAGAGAAGAGUAUGCUGAGAGAGAUUCGUAGAGAUGCUCAAGUUGUUGCCGCUGAGAAACUGAAAGGAAAACUUGAGUUAGAUGCCGAAAGAAAGCGCAAAGUUAAGGAAAUUUAUGGUAGUCUUUCAAUACAAGAAGGGGAGUUCAAAAAAAUUAUGAAAAAGAAGUCUUGAAAUUUUAUUUAUAGUAUUUUUUAUAAUGAAGAAAUUAUUGUUAAUAAAUUUGUUUUUAUUAAAAA